AUGGCUGCAUCAGACCCUACAAAAGCUUCUUCUAUAUUUGAAUUUCAAGCAAAAAGUAUCGAUGGUGAAGAUAUCAGUCUUUCGAAAUAUAAAGGUUUUGUUACACUUAUUGUUAACGUGGCCAGCAAGUGAGGUUUAACUGAACUCAACUAUGCUCAGCUUGCUGAUCUGCACACCAAGUAUGCUGAGAAAGGUCUUCGAAUUCUUGCUUUUCCUUGUAAUCAGUUUGGUAACCAAGAGCCUGGUACAGAUUUAGAAAUAAAAGAGUUUGCAUUAGCGCGAGGCGCCCACUAUGACUUAUUCAGUAAAAUUGAUGUUAAUGGAGAUAAGGCAGAUCCUCUGUAUAAAUAUUUGAAAUCAAAGCAGAAAGGUAUUUUUGGUAAUAAAAUCAAAUGGAAUUUUUCAAAGUUUAUUUGUGAUAAAAACGGUAUCCCUGUUCAAAGAUAUGCUCCUACAACAGAACCUUUGUCAUUGGUUCCAGAUAUCGAAAAGUAUUUAUGCCAAUAA